CUUGGUCCUUUAUAUGUCCCAAAGGCCGAAACAUUUCGCGUUUUCGCUCGCAACGUGUAAACCCUAAACCCUUGUACGGCUGGGGCCUGCAAAUUGGGUCCGCUAAAUCUCCGGUUUCGCUCUGCUCACUGCGUCCUUCGUUCAUCGUCGGCAGACCUAUUGCUAAGGUACCGCUGCGGUUCUGCGAUCUCCGAUUCUUUGUUUUGCUUUUUGGUUGGUUUGCUGUCAUUCCUGCGAUUCUGCAAAACCAGUUCUUGGGUUUUGGUGUUUGCUGGUUGUUUUGUUGAGCUUUUCAUGGAAAAUUCCUUAUUGGCGUCGCGCCGCCUUCACUGCCUUCAUCUACCAACAACAUCUUUCUCUGCCUGUUUCUCUUGCUCUGAGCUCUGAGCCUCUAAACUCUUUCUCCUGCUAUCUCUUUCUCUCUGUUCGGCGCCGCUGCCAUCCAGAACCUCCAUUUAAACCCCAACAUUCAGACCUAGAAAUCUUCUCUAUUUCUUCCUCCUCUGCCCCAAAGAUCUAUCACCUCCACUGGUACCCAACACCACCACAUCUCUCCUUUCAUUAUAUAUUUUUGUCUAACGUUCUGUUUGGUAGCUGAGAAAAGGCAAGGAGGAAUAUGAAUUUCAACAACGUUAAGGUUCCCAAAGUGCCAGGCGGUGGUGCAGUUUCUGCUUUGCUUAAGGUGGGACUAAUUGGCGGGCUUGGCUUGUAUGGAGUUGCCAACAGUAUAUACAAUGUCGAGGGAGGGCAUAGAGCCAUUGUGUUCAACCGUAUAAUUGGUGUCAAAGACAAGGUUUACCCAGAGGGGACACAUCUUAUCAUUCCCUGGUUUGAGAGGCCAGUCAUUUAUGAUGUCCGUGCACGACCUCAUCUGGUGGAGAGUACUUCUGGCAGCCGCGAUCUCCAAAUGGUGAAAAUUGGGCUUCGAGUUCUUACUCGUCCUGUACCAGACCAGCUUCCUACAGUUUAUCGUACUCUUGGUGAGAAUUAUAAUGAGAGAGUCCUUCCUUCUAUUGUUCAUGAAACUUUGAAAGCUGUUGUUGCACAGUAUAAUGCCAGCCAACUCAUUACUCAGAGAGAGACUGUUAGUAGGGAAAUACGAAAGAUUUUGACUGAAAGGGCAGCCAAUUUCAACAUUGCGCUGGAUGAUGUGUCAAUCACCACCCUCACUUUUGGGAAGGAGUUCACUGCUGCAAUUGAGGCCAAACAAGUGGCUGCACAAGAAGCUGAGAGAGCUAAAUUUGUUGUGGACAAGGCUGAACAAGACAAGAAAAGUGCUAUCAUCAGAGCAGAGGGUGAGGCCACAAGUGCCAAGCUGAUUGGUGAAGCUAUUGCGAACAAUCCGGCAUUUAUUACACUGAGGAAAAUUGAAGCUGCAAGAGAGAUUGCGCAUACGAUCUCAAAUUCAUCGAACAAAGUUUACUUGAACUCAGAUGAUCUGUUGUUGAACCUUCAGGAGAUGAAUUUGGACUUCAACCGGAAGAAAUAGGCUCUGCAGGUUGUACCUGUAAUCUUUUCAAUUUUCGGAUUGUAAAAUUAGGGAAAUAUUUCCUUUAAAACUUCAGUCUUUUGACGCACCACCAGUUGGCAUGGCAAGUGGCUCGCUGUGGAUAUAAAUUCUAAAAAUUUAAUGGAACUUUUGAGGGUGCAGUUAC